AUGAGCGGCGAGAGCGGCUACAACUUCAGGCGGGUGGCGAUCCGACGGAAGGUCGACUUCGCCUACCUGCCGCCCGGGGCGCCCCGGCCCUGGAGCCGGCCGCCGUCGCACCCGAGACGAGUGGACAUGGCCGCCUACAGGCGCCUCCCGCCCGCCGCCGCCUCAGGCAGCAGUACCUGUCCAAAGAUCGCCAUCGACCCACCUUGUCUAAGCAACAGCACGACCACACUGGUGGAUCAGAAUGUAUCUGUUGAAGAGGCUCAGGGAAUAAAUGGAAACACGCCAGCGAAACACCCAGCUGCAAGUCCAAAGCCACAAGUGCCUCCAAAGCCAUUACAUCUGCAGAAUUUACCUUUGGGCGAUAGCUGCCAGCCCCCCAGGCACAAAGCUUCAUCUGGCGCAAAACCAAGGAUGGAGGGAGUGCAAACCGCUGCAGCUUCUCGUGUUUCAAAGGAAAAGCCCAGCAAGGUGUCUGACCUCAUCAGUCGCUUCGAGGGGGGCAGCUCGUUAUCAACUUUCAGUGAUCCGAAGAAGGAGUCUGCAGUGAGCCUGAGUGCCCCGAAGACCCCCGGGAGGCCUGGGUUGACCAGCACCCCUCAACACAAGCUGUCCCCCAAGCACGUACCCCAGAAGCAGGAAAAUGACAUAGACCAAGCCCAGGGCGAGCUGAUCAGCCUGGCUAACGGCCUGAUGGCUGCGCCAGACCAGAGUGAACACGAACAGGACCAGCAGGCCAGUGUGAGCCCAGAAACGCCCCCUGAGAUGGCCGAGCCCUCACUCAAUACGAACUUCGUGAAUGGAGAGAGAGAGGAUACCCCCACAGGCCCUGCAUCCCCCACCACCCAGGAUGCAGGUGAGGGAGAUGUAGGAGAAGCAGGUGCAGGAGAAGGAGAUGCUGUGUGCAGGAGCGGCAGGACUGCAGGUGCGGGCCCAGGGCUUCCCCUGGAAGAGGCCAGCACGCAUGCAGAAGCCACGGCACAGGAGAGGGAAGAGGGAGAGCACCCUCUGGAUCUGGGCCAGCUGGACCAGCCCCCUGAAGUGAAGGAGACGAACGAGCAAAAACUGCACAAAAUAGCCAAUGAACUUCUGCUUACGGAAAGAGCUUAUGUCAGCCGACUUGACCUCUUAGACCAGGUAUUUUAUUGCAAACUAUUGGAAGAAGCAAACCGAGGCUCAUUCCCAGCAGAGAUGGUGAAUAAAAUCUUUUCUAAUAUUGCGUCAAUACAUGCCUUCCAUAGUAAAUUCCUAUUGCCAGAGCUGGAGAAGCGAAUGCAAGAAUGGGAAACUACCCCUAGAAUUGGCGACAUCCUUCAGAAAUUGGCCCCGUUCCUUAAGAUGUAUGGAGAAUAUGUGAAAGGAUUCGACAAUGCGAUGGAAUUGGUCAAAAACAUGACAGAGCGUAUCCCCCAGUUCAAAUCGGUGGUUGAAGAAAUUCAGAAGCAGAAGGUCUGUGGGAGCCUGACACUGCAGCACCACAUGCUGGAGCCCGUGCAGCGCAUCCCCCGCUACGAGCUGCUCCUCAAGGACUACCUGCGGAAACUGCCCCCUGAGUCUGCCGACUGGGGUGAUGCUAAGAAAUCACUUGAAAUUAUAUCUACAGCAGCAAGCCAUUCGAACAGUGCAAUAAGAAAAAUGGAGAACCUAAAGAAACUCUUAGAGAUUUAUGAGAUGUUGGGAGAAGAAGAAGACAUUGUCAACCCUUCCAAUGAACUCAUAAAAGAAGGGCAGAUCCUCAAGCUUGCGGCUAGAAACACAUCAGCCCAGGAGCGAUACCUGUACCUGUUCAACAACAUGCUGCUGUACUGCGUGCCAAGGUUCAGCCUGGUGGGCUCCAAGUUCACAGUUCGCAACAGAGUUGGCCUCGAUGGAAUGAAAAUCAUUGAGACUCACAAUGAGGAAUACCCGCACACGUUCCAGGUGUCUGGGAAGGAGCGGACGCUGGAACUACAAGCCAGUUCUGAGCAAGACAAAGAAGAGUGGAUCAAGGCCCUUCAAGAGACCAUUGAUGCUUUCCAUCAGAGAAAUGAAACCUUCAGAAAUGCGAUUGCAAAGGAAAAUGACGUCCACUCUGAGGUCUCUACUGACGAGCUAGGCAAGCGGGCCCCCAAGUGGAUCCGAGAUAAUGAGGUGACCAUGUGUAUGAAAUGCAAGGAAUCUUUCAAUGCACUGACUAGGAGGCGGCACCACUGCAGGGCCUGUGGACACGUGGUAUGCUGGAAGUGCUCUGACUACAAGGCACAACUUGAGUACGACGGAGGCAAACUGAGCAAAGUGUGUAAAGACUGCUUUCAGAUCAUAAGUGGGUUCACAGACAGUGAAGAAAAGAAAAGAAAAGGAAUUUUAGAGAUUGAAUCAGCAGAAGUGUCUGGAAACAGUGUGGUGUGCAGCUUUCUUCAGUACAUGGAGAAGUCCAAGCCUUGGCAGAAAGCUUGGUGUGUGAUCCCCAAACAAGAUCCUCUUGUGCUGUACAUGUAUGGCGCCCCCCAGGACGUGAGGGCCCAGGCCACCAUCCCACUGCUAGGCUAUGUGGUGGACGACAUGCCCCGGAGUGCGGACCUGCCCCACAGCUUCAAACUGACCCAGUCCAAGUCCGUGCACAGCUUCGCCGCCGACAGCGAGGACCUGAAACAGAAGUGGCUGAAGGUCAUCUUCCUGGCAGUCACAGGUGAGACUCCAGAUGACCCAGAUGAGCCUCCAGCCUCCUUGGAUGAUCAUCCCGAGACCAAGAGGAAGUCCGAGGGCUGAGCCCGGCCUGGGUGUGGGUAUCUCCCCGGAGAGCUGGAGACACUCCCAGCACCCCUCACUCACCUCUUAGCACUUUAUGUCGGAAACGUAGACUGGGAAAUGCGUCUUUGGGGCAGUCACGCUGUGUCUGUGUACUCUUCGUGAAACAGAUGCGUGGAGCCAUUCUACUGAUGAACAUCUGGAAUAAUGUGAAAAAGCAGCAUUUUUAAUGGGCUACCCCUUGAAUCCGUUCUUGAGUCUUGAAGGAAAUGGGUGUGUGUGAUUCUCUCGCUGUUGGGUUAGGAUAGGCCACUUUCAAGAAACACUCUAGUGUCUCCUCUUGCACAUACUGUAGGAUUGCAACUGUCUGAAGGAUAUACCUCCGUGUUGCCAAAAUAGAUCCGCGGUUUAAAAAAAAUCAAAUACAGGGACAGUUUAGGUUAAUGUUUUGACUUAUUUAAUUGACUCGCACUGGCUGCAUUGAUAAUGUCCGUUCUUUUGAAACAAAAGCAGAAGGGCAAAUUGUUGGUGUUCAAAUAUAAUACUUGGUUUUGUGGAAAUACUCCUAAGAAUAAAAAAUCUUAAGUAUAUAGCAACGAUAUGUAAAUAGUAUUCAAUAGAAAUGUCUAUGUAUGUGCUUGACAUGCUUUUCUCCUCAGCUUUCGGUUUCUAUUUGUCGCUAAUUUAUUUUUAAAAUAUAAAGCAUGUUUUAUCUGGGAAUCUUGAGUAGUGUUCUAAACUUCACUAUUUCUGGUGAUUUUAUGUUUAGCUGAUUGACAACUAAGGGUAUGGGUAUUUUUGUAAUGAGAAAAAGCAGUAACUUGCGUGGCAUGGGCCCUCUUGGUGAAUUCCAACUGUAUUUUUCAAGUACUAUUUUUUCGUUCUGUGCCUAUUGAAAACUGUGCCUGUCUCUGAAGGUGCUAAUAAUAAUUACCUGUGAGGGUCUGAUGAAUGCUUCCGUUUUGAUUAUCCUGCGAUAAAGCCCAUUCAGUCACUGGGCUGGCCAGGCCCCCCUUGCAGUCUGACCACUGUUGCUGCAGUUAGUACCAGCAGGUGCAGGAACUUUCACCAAAACUUGAACUCCACCUACCUUACAACAAGCAGGGACGUACAGAAACUGCAUUGAUCGCAAAGCUUUUCUCUCCAUAAAAAUGUCAGGCGUGCUGUACUAGGGAUGCUGUAGAGUCACCACUGAGGAUGACCCUGAGAGUUGUUCCUUUCUUGGAUGAGGCACAAGACUCGCGGGGAUCACUGGCAUUUAAGGGCCUAGAAAAUUCAAGUACUAGUUCACACGUAAGGUGUGAAAGGAAGCCUCUGUCCAGUUGUACACUACCUGGCCAGAGGAGAGAGGAGAGACACAGGGACGCAGGCAGUUUUCAGAGGUCCAAGGUGAUUGAAGAGAAUCUGAGCUUCUGACCCCAUUUUCUCCUCUGGGAAAUUUUAACAGGACAGUUGUUAACAAGAUGUGAUUCCUUGUCACUGAGGCUGCAUCUCAUUCUGCGAGAGUUAUGAUUAAUAUCCUACACUAAGUUAACUGUUUAACUUACCCCUUUUCUCUAAAUCUUUUUUCUCCUUUACCCCAUCAUGCUGAAACAUUAUCACUACUAGCGCUUUAGAAAUGCACGCAUACGACUCCCUGUCCUUGACUUUUGAAAAUCACACCCUGAAUGGAGACUAGAUCCACUCAGAAUUUGAAAUGACCACCCACUGAUUCAGAGCCUGUUGUUUUAAGAAAGAGUUGAAAUAGCUCCCUUCCCCUCCCCCACGAAGGAGAAGGCAAAGCAGUCAUGACUGACCUGAUUCCCGUCCAGCUGUCAUCACUCAGGUCACAGCAAACGCAUGCAGCCAAAAAGAUGCCAAGGUCCCUUCGUGGGGGCCAGGCAAGUAGGUGACCCUUCGUUUCUCUCCCCUUGUCCCCUGUCAUGUGUUUCUGUGUGUGUGUGCACAUCUGUACAUGUUGAGGGAUCGUGACUGCAAUCCAGUAAUAGCUAUUAAUAAUCUCAAGAAAAGAGAAGCAAUGAAAGUACCAAGUGACUGUUGGGGAAAGUGGCUUUUGUGAAUGUGGUGGAACAGCUGGAGCACAAGGCCAAUGAGACCUGUACAGGCCAGAGUAUAUUCCAAAGCUGUUUUGAAUAGUGAGGAGAUGACACUUUCCCCACCCUUAGGUUCUCCUGGAAUGCAAGGGACAUGCACACAAGCUCAUCAACAUCAAUGCUAUUAAAUCCAAGCUAGUGAAAGAAGACCCACCGAAAGAGAGUAGUGUCCUGCUCUUUGGACGUCAUCUUUUAUUCUUCAAAACCAAGGUAGAAAAAUCAGUGCUGGAAGAGAAUCUGGUUACCCAGCCCCGUCUUCACGCCCCACCCUUUUUCUUAGCCAAGCACAGAGAGAAGGACCCAGGCAGCCUUACCUGUUUCUCCCUUCUUAAAGAGUCAGUAAUGCUUGUACCUGGAGAAACAUAGAGAAACACUCUACUCAGCCUUUCGGUAAAUACCCACCUCAACCAGAAGACCUCAGGUGUGAUUGGUGACAGAAUCCAUGUCUUCUGCUGUCUGACCAGACAAGAUACAAUGGAUCUAAAAAAUAACAAUUGGUUGCUUUCCUACCCAACCAAAGUGAGACUCUGGAUGAGUCUCACUCAUUACUUCCUCUCAUUUGGUAUCCUCCAACUCAUCCAUUCUUUAAUGUGCCCUUCCUACAAACAUAAAAGGGCAUAUUGGAUAAAAAUUACUAUUCAGUACAAAGCAUUCCAGUCUUUUAGACCUAAGUUUUGCUUUUGUUGAAAGUUUGCUGCUUGGCAUAAUACAGGCUUAGUGCCAAGUUGGAAGUGGGACUCAGAAAUGAAAUUGCCACCAGCCACUUUUGUACUCACGGCAUCUGCAAUGCCAUCAUGUAUGCAAGCAAUAAAACUCUUCAGGGUAUGUUUUUAUACUGAUAUUUUAAUACGACCCCCCCUAGCCACAUGGAUGUAGAGCUUCUAGAAGUGAUACUGAUGAGAUUCACCUUGUUGGGCAUAGAGCAAUGUGGGGAGAGGUGUUAUUCCUUGGACUCAAGUAUCAAAAGCAUUUUUACUUUUGCAAAGUGCAUGGGUCGCGAUGGGAAGCUCAUCUGUGUUUCCUUUCCCAUGAAGUUUAGUGCAACACAUGGGCUGGUGCACUUACCACCACUGGUAGGUGAGGUUCCCUAAGUCACAAAAAUGACCAGACUUUUAUAAGAACUAACCUUUUCAAUAUACCCUGUCCCCACAUAAAGAUACACAUUUGGAUUUUUUAAAAGAAUACUCACUUUUAAAUCUAUAAAGACUACAAACUCCAUCGAACUGCAGGGCUGUUAAAGAUUCAUUGAUGCCUUCUAAAAACCUUUCAUCCAAAAUACCUCUGUCAGUUCACAAUUCUGUUUUACUUUUGUCUACUUGUGGCAACAGGGUAUGUUGUUUUCCUUUCAAAAUUUUAGUGUGAUUUCUGGUUACAUUCAAAAGCCUUGUGUUCUUAUUGCAAGCAUAUCGUCUGUGGUAACGCUAAUAAUCUUUCUGGAUCCGAUCAAUCCUGAAGAGCAGGCAAUAGAAGAGCAGAUAAAUUCUAGGGAACAAAGACCUUAUUUUUUGCCUCUAGCACAGAAUGGAAAACUAAUUACAAUGUCCACGUCACAUGAUUUCUGCGUCAGAUGGGUCUAAGAUUAAGCACAUGGUAUUUAUAAGCUAAAGUUAGUUCAGAAGGCAAAAAUGUCUUAAUGUGUUCAUUCUUAAAUCUUAUAUUCUUCCAGAAUGUAUGAAUAUUAAAACUGGCUACCCAGUUCUUAUUCUUAAGACUAUAUUGACAUCUGUAUCACUUCUUCAUUCUUAUCCGGUGGUAGUAGAAUCCAAUCACUUUUUAUUUUCAUAUUACUACCUACUAUAAAGUCUCCAGAUUUAGAAGCUAUGAGUAUGAUAUAUAAAGACCACUAAAUCUACUUUAAAAACCCCUCCUGUGAAUUUCUGCAUAUAUGUAUAUAUGUAAAAACAUUGUUGAUUUCCAAUUGUUUUUUCCUGGGAAUGAAAUUUUUAUAGAAACUCUUCUAAUUGAAAUAUUUAACACAUAUUAUUUCACAGAUUUUUAGUAUAAUUCAUUCUUAUGUAUGCCCUAUAAUCAUGCCAUCGUGGGAAGAUAGUUUUGCUGUCUUUGCUGUUACAGUAGAGAGGAAUAAGAUUUGGAACUGAAACAAGCAAGAGCAAAGAGAUGGACAGAAAGUCCAGUCCAUCUGCUGGUCUCCAGAUCAGAGGAAUGUACAUUAAGAGAGAAAUACUUCAACUGCAGAAGGGUAUAAACUCUCACAUAGAAUUCUAUAUAAUUACAUACUGAUGGAAUCCAUUGCAUCCAGGCCUUUUCCCUUGGCCUCUGAUACCAUUGGUAUCUUGUCAUACUUUCUUUUUUCCUUUAGGCUUGAAAAACAUUCUCUUUGACCAUUUUCUGCACUGAUGACUGAGAUUUUAAAAAAGUCCCUGUAAUGUCAACCCUGAUCUCCUUGGCAAGAAUGCGGUGUCUUUCCUGGGAAUCAACAUGAAGUAGCACAUGUCUUCUACAAGAUAGUUUUAACUUUUGGGGUCACUGAGAGUUACAUAAUGGUCUCUCCUACCUACAGUUCAUUUGGGUAGAUUUAGUGAAAAAUUUAAAUCAGGAAAUCUCAUUGUAGCAUAUUUUAAUAAGUGAAUACCAAAUACAUAGAGUG